AUGCCUGCUGUUGAAGGGCCGGCCGCCGCUGGUGGGGGAGGAGGAGGCGGGGUGAUGAUGCUGCCGUCACACCCACUGUAUUAUUUCUCCACACACAACGCCUUGCGGGGAGCGGAUGGAGACGAUUUGCAUUUUAGAGUUUGUUUCGAAGAACUUCAUGGUUCUCGCUCGUGCGAGCUGGACGUUUACCCCUUCUACGACGUACAAAUGGUCAAACGGCUGCUCAUCAAAAAACUUAGGCUCCCCUCAUCUAUGCAGGUAAAAGACGUACGUUUGAUAUUCAGGGGAAGCGAACUGCCGAACUGGAGGCCCAUGACAGUCUUCUUCGAAAACCCGGUUAAACGGUUGCUAUGGGCUGUGAGGGGGGGCAGUGCGCAGGCAUCUAUCAGGCCUUUCGCGCGCAGCCAGACCUUUCGCAGCAAAGAACUCCUCAGGAUUCUUGAGGAAGUGAGUUUCCAACUGCAGCCAACAUCGCUGCAGUACCUUGUGCAACGGGACCAGCUUGUGGUCCGCCUUGGCUUCCGCAGGAACGUGGCUCCAAAGCUGACUAUGGAUGGCACUGGUGGCACCUACAUUUUGUUUGACGGCCGUCGGCGUCCAGUGGCCGUGUUUAAGCCUGAGGACGAAGAAGCCUUCGCCCCGUGUAACCCGCGGGGCUACGAGGGGCGUCUGGGUCAGCAAGGACUGCGAGGAGGAGUGCUGAGUGGAGAGGGGGCGGGACGCGAGUUUGCCGCAUACCUUCUGGAUGCGAGUUAUGGCGGGUUUGCCGGCGUUCCGGCAACUAUGAUGGUGGAGGCGUGCCACCCGGCCUUCUGCAGCAAAGGGCAGAUAGAGGUCGAUGGAGACGUGAUGAUGAACACAUACGUCCGCAGCGAAUCGUCGCCCAGCGUAUCUUGGAAAGUUGGGAGCUUUCAGGCCUUUGUAGAGGCCAAGGAAUGUGUCGGAAACUUUGACGCGCGGCUCUUCUCUGUAGGAGAUGUGCACCGUAUUGCGAUAUUUGACUUGCGUGUCAUGAACCUGGACCGUAACGACAGCAACAUUCUGGUGGCUCCUGUGGUUGGAUAUCAAAAGGAGCCGUCGGCUGGCGGCAGUUCCCGCAGCCUGCGUGCCUCAGGUGGGGUUGUGAAGCAGAUACAGAGCAAGUUGCUACGCAGCGUUUCUGCGGUGGGCUCCUGCGGGACACAGCUCUGCGUUGCUGAUAAAGCAGCAGUGGCAGGCGCGGAAACAGCAGCCUCUGCAGCGUCUGGGGUAUUGACGCCUGAUGGAAAACCAACGAAGUUUCGCCUUAUUCCCAUUGACCACGGGAUGAUCUUGACGGACGUUCUGGAUGUGGCGACCUUAGACCUUGUUUGGUUCGACUGGCCCCAAAGCAAAGAGCCAUACAGUGAAAGCGAACUACGUCUGAUAUACUCAUUCGACGUGGAUAAGGACUUGGAGCGCUUGUCGCGUCGGGUUGCCUUGAGGGACAAUUGUCUAAGAACCCUUCGGCUCGCCACGAAACUGCUGCAAAUCUGUGCCCGGCAUCACUUGACGGUUCGGGAGACGGCGACGAUUGCCGUGCGCGACGACUUUGACAUACCCUCACCCUUGGAGCACCUGAUCCGGCGAAGCCUUGAGAUUUCUUACCUUGCGUUGGAUUCUACGUCGUUGAUGAGCACCAACAGGCUAGGCUUUGGAAUUAUGGAUCUAGCCGAGCUGCAGGGAGAUCCGGGGAAGCAGCAGGGGUUGCGGCGCUCUUCUUUCGAGGCAAAGUUGAAGAAAGCCUUGCGGAAGAAGAAGAAGGGUGUAGACGAUGGAACUGUGGAGGAAGCAGCUGUUGGCGCUAAUGGGGUUUGCAGGCGCUGCGGUGGCAUCGUUUCCGCAGCUGGAGCAGCCACAACAGGCCUUCACGGCAACACGUCAGUCAGUUGCACAGUUCCGUCAACAGUUGACGCUGACGGGGAAGUAGACAGUGAAGACUUUGAGGAGAGACCCCUCGUCAGGUCCUGCACGACCAUUGAGGCUUGGAGUGAUUCGCGCUCACCAGUAGGGGCACAUGCCCAGGAGGGUACUAGUGGCGAACCAAGAGCAUGUCGCAACACCGCUGCUGCAGCCCUAGCCCGUGCUGAAGUUUCACCAUCCGAAGGGAGGCUCCCCGUAGCUGGAACUGUGGGGGAAAUUGCGCCUUCUGGGGCUGCAGUGAUAGAUGCAGAAGAUGGACGACGGAAUGCUGACGACCUCGUCCCCUGCAGAUGUGGUGAAAGAAUUGAACGCCGCAGCAGUAACGGUCAGGGCGAUUCAGUAGACAGCACCAGCGACAGCGACCUAAGCAGCAACAGUCUGAGCACAAGUAGCAACGACGGGACGCAGACAAGCUGGACGAGCAGCGACAGUGACGAGGACAGCAGCAAGUCGGCUUCCGAAGUGGAGGAACGACUGGCAACCCCUACAUUCGGCAGUUUCCAAGCACCCGGAGCGGCUGGUGGACCCCUUAGGCACCUUCCUAGCGCUGCUUUGUUCCGAUACCCUUCGGGGGAACCGCGCCUUUCAGGGCGCCGUAAACGCCGAACGUCCCGUAACCGACGACGCAAGGCAGAAACAGAGACAGAGACAAAGACAGAUGAUGCAACUGCCACUGUCCCGUCUGUGCCUCGCAAUGAACCGGAUGUGUUUGGCAACAGACACACUAAGGGCACAGUGAGACGGCUAAACGGAACAGCACGGGGCACCGGAUGCCGCCCAAAGAAGCAACCCUCCGCAACGACAAGCACUUGGAGUCUGACGGACUCGAGCGGUCGCGUCAUUCUGCUAGACUGGCGAGACGGCCGCCUUGAAAAGCUUUUUUUCGAAGUUUACGAAUCCCUGCUAAGGCAGCACAUCCUGCACAACCAUCCUCAGUGGUAUACAUACCCGUACAACGGAGAGGCGAUUGAGCGUAGUGAACGUCGACAACAGUUGUUCCGUAGGGAGGAGAGCGCAACCCUUGUCGCACCGGUUGUUGCCGGGCCUACAGUGCAGGUUAACUCGCAGCCAGUGCAUGCAUCGAACACACAUCGCAGGCUUAGCUCGGAGGCAAGUGAUGAUGCCACAGCCACUGCCGCAGGCCCUCAAUCGACCCACAAAUAUCUUAAACCUGCGCAGCACCUACAUCCACAGUCACCACGGCAACACGAGGACAGGGCGCCAGCAGCAUCUCGCCAGACGCGUUUUAACAUUUCAUCAGGCGCUUAG